AAACCAGCUCCCAGACUCCUGAAAACAUCGAGGAUGAGGACUGUCAGCUGUAUGGACCUGUAAUAAGAUCCAGACCGCCUUCACAACAGCCCAAAGUACCUAAAAACCUGCAUCCACUGUUAAAUGAGGCCAAAGUGUGACCAGAAUCCUUCAGAAGACCAUGCCGCCUGACCAAGCCUUUUACCUGGAAAGAUGGAAGAGAAGGAUGAUUGCUCAACUCGGAGAGGAAGGGUUUCGAGAAUACAGCUUAAAUAUUUUCAGACAAGGAAAGCUGUUCCAUGCUGCCAUUGAAGACACUUUAACCCAGGAAACCUCAUCUAAGGAGGACCACGAGUGUCCAGCAGAGGUGUCCGGAUAUAUAGAGAGUGUAUCUAAUGUGUUGAAUGACAUAACAGGAGUGAGAGCUAUUGAGAGUGCUGUGCAUCAUUCUGCAUUACAGUACCUUGGCAUUGUUGAUUGUGUUGCCCAAUACAGAGGUUCACUGUGUGUCAUUGACUGGAAGACCUCAGAGAAGCCUAAGCCCUUCCUUCGACAAACUUACGACAAUCCAUUACAAGUAGCUGCGUACAUUGGAGCUUUGAACUGUGACCACAACUACAACUACCAGGUAGAAAAUGGCUUAAUUGUUGUGGCCUACAAAGAUGGAUCUCCCGCACAUACUCACUUCCUGAACUCAGAGCACAUUAUGCCUUUCUGGGAGAAAUGGCUGCUUCGACUAGAAGAAUAUGUAGAAAAAUAAGACUCCUUUGACUAUUAUAACAAAUCUAGCAUGAGGCUACACAAUGUUUAGCUCGACUGUAAAUGUUUUAUAUUUGAUAAGUGAAAAAAAAAAAAGAUUGUACAUAACUUUAUAUGGCAUCUCAGGCAGAAGCUAAACAACUGUGAUUGGCUGCUCUGAUGGGACCCAAUUAAAAACCAUUAAAGACAAACCAGGCUGCCCGGUAA